AUCUAAAGGAUUCGCAGGCAAAGUUGGAACAAUACGACAUGCAGGUGCGUCAUCUGCAGGCAAGAUUUGAAUCAUCCAGAGAAGAACUUGAAGAGAAGGAGUGUCAAGUCUGCUCUUUUCAAAACAGUAUUGAGAAAUUCAAAGUAGAAAUCUUAGACCUGCAGGCUCAGCUGGAUGCUGCCCGUUCUCAAAACGUUGAUCUGAACAAAAAAGGAAACUCCUUGUUUGCUGAAGUCGAUGACCGGCGCUGUGGAGCGGAGAGGGAACUGAAGUCAUUGAGGUCACGAUAUGAGACAGAGCAUAAGAACAAUGAGAUUCUGAAACAGCAGCUCCACCGACUAAAGAUGCGGAUACCAAGUUUGCUUCAGGCCAAUGUAGGACGUGGCGACUCGGCUUAUGUGGAAAGUCUUGAGAAACGCAUUGCUCACGUGAAGGCUGAGAAUGAGAUGUUGAGGACGAAAUCUGGACGUCUUGAAUUGGAUCUUGAAAAAGUCGAGUCCAAAGUCCGUGAAGAAUUGACCAAGUUCAACAGUGAUAAGAACAACAGGGAAUACUCAGAAUUCAUGCAAGGCCUACUUGCAGUAAAAAGUGAGGAGAUCACCAGACUAAAGGAAUCCCUGCAGAAGAAAGAACUCCAACUCCUUCUGGAGGUGGACAGUAAGGCCAUUGCUGAAAAAAAGGCCUAUCAAGUGCAGACACAGUUGGAUCAGGCAGCCAUCGACACCACGAAACUCAAACUCAAAAUUGAGGAACUGAAACUAAAAUAUGAGCCUGAUUCAGUAAAAGUUGGUAAGAAAAUGGAAAGGAGGCAUUACGAGAAAAUCCCAAUGCCGGAUGAAUCAGCAGUGACAUUCACAGAAGAACGCCGACCAGUCAAGGGACUCGUGGACAGACCGCAAAUUAAGAAACAACAGAGAGAAACAGUCGACGAAAAGGAAAACAAACCGAAGUUAAAAUUGACUGUCAGAAAAACUGUUAGCAUUUCGGAUGAUGUGGACGUGAAGGAAAUGAGCUUUAAUGAUGCGUCAGUGCAUGAACAGAAAGUUCCUGGGGAGGAGAGGGAGGGGGCCAUUGGUGAUGUGCCUAAGACAAAGGUCAAGGGCAAAGUGCAUCAUAAUGUGAAAUAUGUGUCAAGUCAAGUGAAUGAGAACGAUCAGUGCAAACAGCAGUAGGUUUAGGACUGAGAUAUCGUGUGGUGCUUUAAUUUUGUAAGACUGAGAAUAAGUUGUUCAAAAUGGGAAGAGCUGUACUGCAUGUUGAGACAAUGGCAAGGACUGUAGUAAAACAAGUAAACUAUCAUUGACAAAUGCUUCACUCAAACAUGGACAAUGAGUGUACCAAGAAAAAAUAUUUUUUUAGACUAUACCGACUUGGGAAUGAAACUGGAGUGUAUG